AUGGUCCUCUCCAAACCAAACGACGCCCCUGUACAAACCUUGUUUGACCUAACCGGCAAGGUUGUUGCCAUUACUGGAGGUGGACGAGGAAUUGGUCUAGCGGUGGCUACUGCGUACACCGAGGCUGGCGCCAAAAUUGCCAUUCUCUACCGCACAACUGCAUCAACUCCUAAGACAGCGGAAGAGCUGGCUUCGAAAUACCAGACAGAAGCUCGCGCUUACCAGGCUGAUGUCACCAUUCCAGAGGAAAUUUCCGCGGCCAUCGAUCAGGUUGUGAAGGACUUUGGGAAGCUGGAAGUUGUCGUGGCUAACGCGGGUGUCUGCUCGGAGCAUGCGGGCGAGGAGUACACUCCCAAGGAGUUUCAGGAAAUGAUGGACGUCAAUGUCAACGGUGCAUUUUAUACUGCACAGGCCGCCGCAAGAGUCUUUAAGCGACAAGGAUUCGGUAACAUGGUAUUCACGGCUUCUGUUAGCGCAACACUCGUUAACACACCCCAGCGACAGGCUGCGUAUAACGCGUCAAAAGCCGGGAUCUUGCAGCUAGCCAAGUCACUCGCAGUGAAUGGGUAG